AUGCAGUCCAGUCUGUAUGCCCGCUCAACCGGUGACCUCAGACCGGAGGUCCUCGAGAAGAGCACCGUCAACAAUCUGAUCCGGAGCUUCGUUGCGGCCCCCCGUCACCGCUUUGAUGGCGAAGGUGCAGGUGAUGAUGAAGGUGGGCAUGUCGAGGCCCUAGAGGUUAGUCGGGUGUGGGCGCAUCGCGUGGGUGUGAAUGCCCUUGCCCUUGAUGAGUUUGAAGGACGCUGCCUGGUCUCUGGAGGUGCAGACGGGGCUAUCAGAGUCUGGGAUCUACACGACUGCAGCAAUCCUCGACGCCCGCAUACCUUUCGUCCCCGAGCCCAGGUCCUCCGCGCCGUCCGGGAGAACGACACAGGCCACACCCACGGCAUCACGCACCUGGACUUCCACCCCCUCCAAGCCGACGCAUUUCUGUCCAGCUCCUUCGACCGGUCCCUGAAACUCUGGGCCACCGAGCGCUUGACCGUGUCCGAAAGCUUCGACCUGGGGUCCCUCAUCUACUCCCACGCCAGCAGUCCGCGCCGGCACCACCUCGUGGUAGCUUGCGCCACUCGGCAUUCGGCCGUCCGCCUGGUGGAUCUCCGGUCCGGCUCGUCCGUCCAGGCGCUGGCCUCGCAAGGCGGGGCCGUCUUAUCGGUGGCCUGGAGCCCGCGGCACGACAACGUCCUGGCCAGCGGGCACAUGGACGGCCGGGUGCGCGUGUGGGACAUCCGCCGCGGCGUCGCCCUGAUCGGCAUGCUGGACCAGGACGACAGCUUGGGACUGGUGCACCACUACGACCACGCCGUGGCGUCGGGGGCCGGGUCUGGGUGGGACGCGAGCCGGCCGCGGUUCCGGGCCGCGGCGAGGGCGCACGACGACGGCGUGAACGGGCUGUGCUGGACGCAAGACGGGCAGUACGUCGUGUCGGCGGGGCUGGACGAGCAGGUCCGCGUCUGGGAUGCCGCCACGGGGGCCAACACGCUCGCCAGCUUCGGGCCGGUCGUCCGGAACCAGAGCCACCACGGGGGCCCGAUCGGGACGGCCAGCAUGUUCGUCUCGCCUUCGUGCCUGACGCCGAGCCGCGGCGAGCUUCUCUUCUGGGCCAACGAGCAGGAGAUUCUGGUGUUCGACCUGCACGAGGGUACCAUCGUCUCCCGGCUCAGGGUUAUCGGCGCGCCCAACUCCUCGACGAAUGCGGCUGGGCUGAACGUCAGGAACCGGACCAACGACAUGGUCUGGCGGGGGGCCGGUGGGAAAGGGGUCCGGCGGGGGGUGGUCAUGGGUGGUGGUAGCUCGUUCGGGGCCCUGUACACUGCGCACAGCGAUGGUCAGAUUAGAGCCUGGAUGCCUCGACUGCCCGGCACGGCGGAGGACGACGAUCCUGGCGAGGGCCCGACGGCGGGGGAGGAGGAGGAUGAGCAGUCUCGGACGCGCAAGAGGAAAGCUGUCGAUGAUGCGUUUAGGAGCCUCAUGGGUCGACAGAUUACUUUCAGCUGA